GGACAAGCGAGAUAAUUAAUUUUCUCUGUUUUGGAAUCUAAUCAUGGUUCUUUGAAAUCUACCACACCGCUUUCAAGCUUCUUCCUAGAGUCAUUUGAAUUUCCAUCACUUCCCAGUAACAUUUCCGACAAUCGCUAAGAAUUUAGAAAUGGUGUUAUUUUGACAUAAUUAAUGGAGGGUUCUUCAUCUGAUGGUAAACUGAAAAUAGCUCCUCAAUCGAAGGAACUGGUGUUGAGUGAUCUUGCCAACACGCAACUGAGGAAGCCGCCAGUGUUUGAAAAUCUGACAUCACUUAUAAUCGUGCGUUGCAGCAGCAUGCCAAAAUUGUUCACAGUUUCAGUGGCUGGGCACCUCUCCUGUCUGAAACUGCUAAAACUAUGUGAUUGUGAAAAAAUGGUUCAUGUUCUUCAAGGUGAUGAUGUAGGAGCUGGAAACAGUGAAAAAGCAUUAGUGCUGCAGAAGUUGGAGAGCCUCGUACUGAAACAGCUUCCAAGACUCACAAGUUUCUGCGAAGAAGAAGUUGAUUUUGGUGAAUUCCCCAAGUUAAAGAUGGUUAGAGUGGAAGACGUUCCAAGCAUGACCACAUUUGUGAAGCGGCCUCUCAUGACCCCGCAAUUGAAGCAAGUUUAUGAGACAUAUAUUACAAAGUGUUGGCAAAGAGACCUCAACCAGACGAUAAAAUGCUUGCAUGAGAAACUUGGCAUUGUUAACGAGGUUUGGAGAACUAAUCGGCAGGGCUUCGACUACCAGAGUAGCUUGGGGAUCAAAGAUAUAGAUUUUGAAAGUUCUUCAUAGUUACUUUACUCUCUAACUUUCAUCGUCAAGUAAAU